AUGGCUACAGUUUCUUCCACUGCACCAACUUCUGCUGAUGCUUGCCUAAGUAUAGUUCACAGUUUAAUGUGCCAUCGUCAAGGGGGGGAAUCUGAGGGUUUUGCCAAACGAGCAAUAGAAAGUCUUGUAAAAAAAUUAAAAGAAAAACGUGAUGAGUUAGAUAGUUUAAUAACUGCCAUUACUACAAAUGGGGCACACCCAAGCAAAUGUGUCACUAUACAAAGAACUUUGGAUGGAAGACUUCAAGUUGCUGGAAGAAAAGGUUUUCCUCAUGUUAUAUAUGCUAGAAUUUGGAGGUGGCCUGAUUUGCAUAAAAACGAACUUAAGCAUGUAAAAUAUUGUCAAUUUGCAUUUGACCUUAAAUGUGAUUCUGUCUGUGUAAAUCCUUAUCAUUAUGAGAGAGUAGUUUCUCCUGGAAUAGAUUUAUCAGGAUUAACAUUACAAUCUGGUCCGAGUAGGCUAGUAAAAGAUGAGUACACUGCUGGAGUUGUUAGUGGGCCUAGUCCAGGUCAAAUGGAAAUAGAUGGAGAUGUUUUAGGAGUGUCACAAACUAUUCAACAUCAUCCUCCAGCUCCUCAACCUCCUCCUUUGCAGCAAUUUUCUCUUUUACAACUUCAGACUCAAACAACAGGUAAAAUUUAUAAAUCACAAAGAAUUGUUCAAGUAUGUUUUCCCUUAAAAUGUACAAAUAUUGCAAAUUCACAUUAUAAUUAUUUCUCAAAAAUAAUUUUUGCCUGUUUGUCAGUUGCUUCGUCCACAGGUGAGAGAUCUGCUGGAUCAUAUGGAUCUCCGAAUUGUCCCAAAAUGGAGCCUUCAGAAAAUUGUUCUCGCUCCAACUGGGGACCAUCAAGAUUACAACCUCCAUUGAGUGAGUUGUUUUGCUGUAAUUUACAAGUUGUUAAUAAUACAUUAUUAAUUUGGGUUUUCGAAUUAAAUGAGCUACUUAAUAAUAUAUUAUUGACAGGUUCUUCCCAACAAUUAAAUCACUCAUCUGUGGGAGGGUGCAAUAACUCUUUGUCAAUUCAGCAUCAACAGUCACAAAUAAUGGGUUCUUCAAAUCAAGGUGCAUCUGGAUCAUUUUUUAAUUCGCCUGAGGAUGUUUCAGGGCAAAAUGAAGCCCAAGUUGGAAUGAGCGCAAAUAUGGGUAACAAAUCACUUUAUCCUAUACAAGGUCCUGUAUCACCACAUUUACACCAGAAUGGUUUCCAAAGUGGUAACAUGAGUGGAACUUCUCCAAAUUCUCAAAAUUUUUCCUCUCAGGCUCAAGGAACAUGGACAGGAAAUAAUACUUUGACUUACACUCAAAGUAUGCAACCACCUGAUCCUAGAACUCAUCACCCUGGUUAUUGGAGUCACGGUGGGAAUCGUUUAUUGUCAAGCCAACCUGCUCCAGAAUAUUGGUGUUCAGUAGCGUAUUUUGAACUUGACACCCAGGUUGGUGAAACUUUUAAAGUACCAUCAUCAUGUCCUAGUGUCACAAUAGAUGGUUAUGUAGACCCGUCUGGAGGUAAUAGAUUUUGUUUAGGUGCUUUAAGUAAUGUGCAUAGAACUGAUCCUAGUGAAAAAGCUAGAUUGCACAUUGGAAAAGGUGUUCAAUUAGAGCUUCGAGGGGAGGGUGAUGUUUGGCUUACGUGUUUAAGUCAUCAUUCGGUGUUUGUUCAAAGUUACUAUUUGGAUAGAGAAGCUGGACGAGCUCCGGGCGAUGCCGUUCAUAAAAUUUACCCUAGUGCUUACAUUAAGGUUUUCGAUUUGAGACAAUGUCACAAACAAAUGCAGCAGCAAGCUGCCACGGCGCAAGCAGCUGCUGCAGCACAAGCAGCAGCAGUAGCCGGACAUAUUCCAGGUCCUCACUCUGUAGGUUUAAGUGCAGCUGCGGGGAUCGGUGUCGAUGAUUUAAGGCGACUGUGUAUUUUACGACUUAGUUUUGUUAAGGGUUGGGGUCCGGAUUACCCUCGUCAAAGUAUAAAAGAAACACCCUGUUGGAUAGAAGUACAUUUACAUCGUGCUCUGCAAUUAUUAGAUGAGGUUUUACACACGAUGCCCAUCGAUGGACCGAGAACCAUCGAUGGGGUAGUUUAA